GUUUCAAAAUGGCUGACAAUAUCACAGAUACCAAUGCCUCCAGUGAACAAAUGGAGCAAUGUGGCUCCCCGACAGUCGUAACGUUUCAGUAUUACGCAUGGGGAAUAGGUGCCAACAUCAUCUCUUGCUUCGGAAUUGUGGGUAACAUUUUAUCGAUAAUGGUCCUAAGUCACAGACAGAUGAGAAAUUCUACAUCAUACUACCUGAUAUCGCUGGCUGUUUACGAUAUGAUUUUGUUGCUAUUUAUGUCACUCUUUCUUGCGUUACCGACAAUUUACCUAGAAAAAGAUCUCUUGGAAGGAUACUAUUUUGCAUAUCGCUACAUGCACCCCUUUGUGUACCCCGUUGCUUUAAUUGCUCAAACAGGAACUGUUUAUACAACUCUAGCCUUCACUGUGGAGCGAUAUAUCGCUGUGUGUAAACCUCUCCAUGCCGCUAACACAUGUACUAUGUCUCGGACAAAACGUGUAAUAGUAGUUAUAUUCAUUGCUUCAAUUGUGUACAAUAUUCCACGAUUCCUGGAAUACAAAACCACGACCAUAUGGGACGACUACUACAAUCGAACAAUUCCGACAAUCGAGUACACGACCAUAGGAAGUAACAAGAUGUUCCAGGAAGUGUAUUUCAUAUACGCAUAUUUGUGUAUCAUGUUUCUACUACCAUUCAGUGUAUUAACAGUUUUAAACAUUCUGUUGAUACAAGCUGUUCGUAAAGCUCGUGCUAAACGAAACUGUAUGAGCUCUUCAAACUCCAAGGACACCAACCUGACCGUAAUGCUCAUAGUUGUGAUCAACGUUUUCCUCGGGUGCCAGUUACCAGCCCUGAUUGACAACAUUGUUUUUGCGAUAUUCGACCAUCAUGUUUUACAGUGUUCGGUGCCGUGGGUCCAAUUUACCACUAUCAGUAACUUACUAGUAGUGUUUAACUCUGCCAUCAACUUUAUCCUGUACUGUUUGCUAAGUAAACGCUUCAGACGAUUGUUUCUGAAAAGAUUCUGUAUUCGGAAAAAAAGAACCAAAGUUCAAGUACAUGUAUUCAGUGCGCCAGAGUUCAGUUUACAUACGGAAUGGACAUAUUCGUGUGUAUGGAAACAACACGACCAAUGUGUUUGAUGUCACGACAUCAUUGCUAUGACCCUGUUGCAUUAUCUAAUUCAACCAAAUGGCAAUAUACCUACAUCUAGCUAACAUCUUAUUUCUAACUA